UUCAUUUUCCUUAAAAAUUUCAGAAUGAAAUUUUAUGAAUCAUAAGAAACCCUGCCAAUAAAAGAAAAGAAUACUUAUUGUCUAACAAAAGUAUAUGAAAGAUAUAUUGCAUGAUAAAAGAGAAGGAGUGAAAAUUUCGACUCUUUGUAAAUGUUGAAAAGAAUUUUUUUUUAAAU